AUGGAUGCGUCAAACAAGAUACCUACCCCAGCAUCGGGACUUCCCAUUGCUUUUCAUGGCACAGUCAUCCAUUCCCAAGGCCUGAAUAACCUUGAGAUACUGGAGAAUUGUUUCGUGCUCAUUGGCAAAGAUGGAAAAAUCGAGAUCCUACAAGCAAACGUGGAAUCUGACCAAAUCAACCCUGUUAUCUCAGAAAAUGGCUAUGCGCCCGAUGUUUUUCCAGUGAAACAUCUCAAACGUGGGCAGUUCAUCUGCCCCGGCUUCGUCGAUACCCACAACCAUGCACCACAGUGGGCACAGCGGGGUGUUGGAAGAGGAAUCUCUCUGCUCGAUUGGCUGAAUAAAGUCACUUUUGCCCACGAAGCCAAGUUCAAAGAUCCUGAGUAUGCCAGGAGCAUGUAUGCCUCUUGCGUUGCGGGGUUUUUACAACAAGGCAUUACCACAGCGUCAUACUACGGCUCACAUCAUGGUCACGCAACUCGGAUUCUCGCCGAUGUAUGUUUUGAGAAAGGACAGCGCGCUCUCGUGGGGAAGUGUAACAUGAACCGGAAUGCUCCGGACUGGUAUCGGGAUGCAUCGGUGUCAGAUUCUCUACACGAAACGCGCGAGCUUAUCGAUCACAUCGAAAACCUUGAUCCACAUAAUCAUCUGGUGAAACCGAUACUGACACCACGUUUUGCGAUAUCCUGUGAGCCCGAGUUGCUAGAUGGAAUCGGUGCUAUCGCACGUGAACACCCGGAUCUCCCAAUCCAAACACACUUCAACGAGGCAAAGGAUGAGAUCGAGUUCACGAAACAAUUAUUCCCAGAGUUCGACACUGAAGCUGAUCUUUACGAGCGAUAUGGUUUAUUGAAUGAUCGGUCUAUUCUUGCCCAUAGCAUAUUCCUUCACGAAGAAGAAAUCCGCCGGAUCCAGAAGCUUGGCUGCGGAAUCGCCCAUUGCCCAAUCGCUAACACCACCAUGCAAGAAUACAUGAUCGCACCUAUACGUGAAUACCUGCGUCGUGGUAUCAAAGUGGGCCUGGGAACUGACAGUGGCGGCGGUUACUCGUCAUCCAUACUGGAAGCUAUGAAACAGGCUUUCAUUGUCUCAAAUGCUCAGCAGAUGUUGACCAAGGGCCAAGACCCUGCGCUAUCUUUGUACGAAGGAUUCUUUCUCGCUACGCUGGGUGGUGCGCAGGUUUGUGGUCUCGAUGAUCGGAUUGGGAAUUUCGCGGUUGGCAAAGAGUUCGAUGCGCUUGAGAUUCAUUCCAUCAAUCUUGAUCUUCCGGGCGUGAUGAGUCCGGUGGAAGAGGAGGAUUCAACCCAGGUCAUAUUCGAGAAGUUUCUUAUGACUGGUGACGAUCGAAAUAUUGUUAGGGUUUAUGUGAGAGGGCGGUCCGUCAAGGUUUAA